AUCCCUCGUCCAUUUACCCUUCGACUCCUGCUUCUCCUCAUUGCACUUUUCCUGUUUCCUCCCCCCGCCUUCUUCUGAGAACUUGAGGGGAAGAAAAAAAAAAGAAAAACAACCCCCCCUUCUACGAGUACGGUAUUAUUUUCUACGGCAGCCUCUUGCGGCACUGGUCCCUUCUCCGCUGUUGAUCCUCACUUCUCGUCACUUUACUCCAACUAGUUUUUUUUAUUUUUUUUAUUCGCUUCGCGGAGCGACUUCGCCUUCUUGCCUUUAGACAAUUUCAGCGCCCCGCACUUGUGGAGCGGCCCCCAGAUUUCCGGCAGCGGGAUUGUCAGCACCCGUCGCACCUCGCACAAACCAUUUGAGGGGAAGCUCUUGGGGAAAUAGGAAAGAAUUGAAGACUGAAACCGUCGGGAACCCACGGGCGACUGCCGACAAACCCUUCCCAUCGGAUACGGAAUCGUCGGUCUGGAAAAAUUUCCCUUCGGGUGUUGGAAUAACGAUGGCUGGACUCACAGCCCCAGGUCGCGAUGGUGAGUCCUUCGAUUUCCCGGUUCAGAGUAAUGUUGUUUUGUUGGUAUUACAUGUUCCGCUAUUUAUCGUUCGGGGGACGAGGAAAAAAAAAAAAAAACUGUGCGGCAUGUUGAAUAUGUUUUCUGUUUCAUUUGCUGCAUAAAUUAAUACCCACCGCUUGAGAGGGUGUCUGAGGGGAUCUCUCGUAUCGUGCAUCUUUCAUGUCGAUGCUGGGUGGCAUGCCUACUGGUGCCUCGCCUGAUUCGGAACACCGCUGAUGCUUCUGGGCGUAGGUGAGGGGUCAGAUAUGUUGGAGGGCCUUGCCCGGCCUCGGUCAACUCCACCGAUAAAAUCACAGAGCCUGCACCUGAGCACGAAUAGUGGUGGAAAUUCUUAUAAACCGAAAAUCAGGUUCUCUGUUGAUUCGUCUAUGGACCCCCAGCAACACCGUGGCGGGGAACAAAUGACACAGUGAGUGCUUGCAGAAUUGUUUUCACCUCCGGAGACUAAAACCCGCUGUGCCUUAGGAGUCCAGUCGCAAUAGGUGAAGGCGACCAUCUCUACACUUCAGGCCUACGACGGAUAAGGCAGCAGACUCCCCUGGCCGGCACACAGUCAUUUGUGAUACCACACUCGAUGUCGGUUCCUGGUACUAGAGUCAACUCUCUUUCCAUCCCGCCGACCUCGCCAACGCUGGGGUUCUGUGAGGAUUUGGCCAGGUUCCCUACAGAGUCUUUACAUUCCUUUUCCUUUGCGCACCAGUCGGAGGAUUUGAUCCACAGCCGGCAAAACAUUCUUAAGAGGAGUAUAGAGUUUAUGAGGGAUAAGUUGGGAUGGGGCUCACAGUCACCGAUGAUUACAUCAGCUCAGGCCAAGGUUGAGGGAGAUGAAGAUGUUGCAAAGGUGAUGGAGUUGCUUAGGAGAGCCAACUUGGUGUCUGAGGAGAAGACCCCCUUGAUGAACGGGCCGGUGACGGGCCCGGCCGGUUUCGAAGGGAAUCCAUUUGAAAAGAGCUUUGCUCCGGAGACACCAGUUUCACCCCGAACACAGGCCGCCAGCCCUCCCCCACCGCUGCAGAGCCCGGAUCGGGCUGGUUCGUUCAAUGAAGAAACCCGCUCUGAAAGUACAUCUCGCUCUACGACUAACGAUUCUACCUCAACAACCCAUUCGUCACCCCCACCCACCCGGAGGGCGAGCCUCAAGCGUACCUACACAGACACUACUCCCCUGACAGUCCAGACCAAACUCUAUGAAGCCCUCGCUCAGCCAUACCUGGUCAGCGAUAUGCCACAAUCCGCUACUGGAAUGGGCCCCAGACCGAUCAUGAGCAAGUCUUCCGUUCAUGGGCAUACAAGCCGAUAUACCCUUGCCUCUCAGGCAGUAUUUACUACGGAGGCGCACCACCCGUGGACAAUACUUGCUGCUAACGAUCUGGCUUGCCUUGUUUUCGGAGUGACGAAGGCCGAAGUGCGCAAAAUUGGUAUUCUCGAGGUUGUCAAAGAAGAGCGUAGGGAGUGGCUGGCAAACAAAUUGAACUCGGGUGAAAACUCGACCUCCUCAUUUCCGUACCCCCACAGCCACCAUGGCUCACCUAAUGUUACAUCGGCUAUGUUGCAAAACGGUCUCUAUGGGAACGGCAAUAGGCGGGUCAAGUCUGAUGCAUAUUAUACGGGAUCACCAAUGAGAAACGGCGAUUACAGUGCCGGUGUCGCACAGCCAUCGAUGCAUCAUAAUCAGAACAAAUCGAGAGGGGUCAUACUUUGCGGGGAUGUUGUCCCGAUCCAGAAGCGAAAUGGGAACACCGGUGCUGCGAGUCUCUGGGUGAAGGAGAAGCGAGGGGGCCUGAUUUGGGUGGUGGAAGAAAUUAGCGAGGAUGUGGCCUUCCUAUACACCUCUGACGAUCCAGAUUCGGCUGGAAAGGUGGUGGGUUUUAGCGGAAGCAUGACAAAGAUUUUUGGAGAGGACAGCAUUCCUGAGGGAGGUGUCGACGUUUCAGACUUCAUUCCCACGAUUCCGCGGAACGAGGAUGGUACAAUCGACUUGGAGCAAACAACAGGUAUUCACCAAUUCACUGCAAUGAACAGUAUCGGGAUGCGGAUUCCAUGCGGUGUCGAGCCAAUUCCUGGCGAGCGAGCGUUGAGAGUGUCGUCCUUCCCACAUAUUGCCGGCAUUAUUGUUUUGUCAGCGUCAACGCUCCGGAUUACCAGCUCGAAUGCUGUUUUCUCGGCUGCGCUUUUUGGGCAUCUGAAUCCAGUAGGCUUGCCCAUUACCGAGAUUAUCCCGCAGUUCGAUAGAAUCCUCAAGUUCAUUACCGAUGAAGACAAAAUCGAUCUCGUCGACGGCAUUGUCGUUCCAGAGCAUUCAUUCCGGAAGGCAAAGGCCGUGCUUGCGCUGAGGGAUGGAAAGGGAGAUGCCGUUUCUAUAUUUGUGAAGUCGGGUGGAUUGAGUGCCAGACAUAGAGAUGGGGCCGAACUGAGAGUUGACGUACAGAUGAGAGUAGUCAUGUCAGAAACAAAGGACGAGGAGGCUGUAAUCAUUGACGAUCCAGACGAGGUGGGUGCGGGAGGGGGUGAAGUUGUCUACGCUCUUUGGAUCACAUAUUCAAGACACAUGCAUGCCUCCUCCUUAACCUCAGAUCCUUCCAAUAGCAUUCUUCGAAGGCCAAUCACUCCACCUAAACGCCCUAGCCCCGGCCAACCAAGCACUCCAAUUGUAUCGGAUGCCCAGAGGGGCGAGAAUUCUACGCUUUUGACAAGGCAAUUGGAGGCCAUCCAUCAGUCACCAACGCCGCCGAGUUCUGAAGAUGAGUCCACGGAACCAAACGGCCUUGUAUCAACGCCCGGCCCCCAAGGUGUGUCUAAGCGGAAAAAGAAUAUCCAAGAUUUCGUGAUCCUGGAGGAGAUGGGCCAAGGAGCGUAUGGCCAGGUUAAACUUGCAAGAUACAAGCGAAACCAGGCGAAACGGGUAGUUCUCAAGUACGUUACCAAACGCCGGAUUCUAGUCGAUACCUGGACACGCGAUCGCCGCCUCGGAACAGUCCCCUUGGAGAUCCAUGUUCUUGACUACUUACGGCGCGACGGUCUGAAGCAUCCCAACAUCGUUGAAAUGACCGACUUCUUCGAGGAUGAUAUCAAUUACUAUAUUGAGAUGGUACCGCACGGACUUCCUGGUAUGGAUCUUUUCGACUACAUCGAGCUCAAGGUGAACAUGGAUGAGGAUGAGUGUAGGAGCAUAUUUGUUCAGGUCGCUCGUGCGCUUCAUCACCUCCACACGAAAGCUGGGGUGGUGCACCGGGAUAUCAAGGACGAGAACGUGGUACUUGACGGUGAGGGUAAUAUUAAAGUUAUCGAUUUCGGGAGCGCAGCAUAUAUUAGGAAUGGGCCAUUUGACGUCUUUGUGGGAACAAUAGGUACGUGGUGCUACGUUUUGAUGAAUUUGGAACCUGCCCCUAAUUCAAGGAAUAGAUUACGCGGCACCAGAGGUUUUAGCUGGUAAAUCGUAUAAGGGCAAGGAACAAGACGUUUGGGCACUUGGCGUAUUAUUGUACACCAUUUGCUACAAGGAGAACCCAUUCUACAACGUAAGAUGGACCAUUGGGCGGCACAGGGAGCCAAGAGUGUGCAUACUAACAUGGGUCGUGGGUCACUUAGAUUGACGAAAUAAUGGACCGCGAGCUGCGAAUACCAUUUAUCCUCUCCGAAGUGUCAUUGGAGUUAAUACGAUUAAUGCUCGACAGGGACGUGGAGCGGCGCCCUACAAUCGAGCAGGUCCUUGCCCACCCCUGGUUCGACGGCCUACCAGACCCCGAGGAGGCAUUGCUUGCAGAAUCGGCGGUGCAGGCCAGUUUCCCUCGCCACGCCAACUAGUGUGUUGGCCGGCCUGGGUAAGGGGGCAUGUACAACGUGAAUCACAUUUCAUAGUUUUUUUUUUGUCUUCGUUUAGAGAUUGCUUAUUGGGUGAUAGAAGUGAGAGAGAUGUCCGAGUACCCAAAAAGAUUGCGAUCCAUCGAUUAGAGGCAGUCGCAUCCACUCUGUUUUUGUGGCACGAAAAAGAGAGAAAAGACAGAUGGGACAUGGGUAUUGAUUGCCUUCUGACUGUUUUUCCUCUCUCCUGCACAUCUCCUUUUGGCAACGGCAAAAGCGUUAGGUUUACUCUUUGUCUUCAUACUCAUUAUUAUGGCUUGUUUUUACUACUCUCUUUCUUUUCCCCUUCUUUUUAUCAUACUUCCGAACUGGGCUUUCCUUGUAGAAGCUGAGCUUUUUUUAUUAUUUUUUACAUGUCAUGGGGUUCUGUUAUCCUUUUCACUUCUUCGUUCCCUUGAUUUAAAAAAUCGUGGUGCGCGUUUUUUAUUACCGUUCCCUUUUCUGCCUCCUUAGCUUAGUUUCAUCUCAAUGGGAUCCGGAGUUGCUGUUUUGAAGUUAUAAACGGCAUGGGAAAUUCGCGUGGGCUGAAGAUAUAUGAUAAUGUCAUGGUGGGAGUAUUAUUUUUGUUGCGCAUACUCUCGAUUAUUGGGUUGUGAAUGUUUGCUUCUACACGAAUUAUUGGGCGUUUGUAGUUGUUGGGAGCGCGCGGGGGCAGGAGUGGAUUGUUUUUUUUUGAUUUUCAUUGUUGUAUUGUAAAUGGGUUUGUGAUAAGGAAUAAAUGUUUGGUAUCAUACGUGUACGAGGCUGGCGCAAUUUUUGGUAAUUUUGUAUGGGAAAUGGCAAGGCUUGGCGCUAUUUUCAGCUUCAACCCCAGAAUAUUGCAUCCCAAAGUAGCUAAAAAUUCUUUAAUAAUCUGCGAGCACUCGGGGAGAUAUCCGAAAGAACCUUGAACCAUAUCAUUAAUUUUUCAUUUUUUUUUUUUCACAACUCCAGAAUGUAUCAUA